CAAGCCGACGUCGUAUAGUCUGAUGGGAAGUUUGGAGAGACGGCGAUGGUUAAAGUUUAGUGGGUUGGUGCACUAUUUGGGCCCGUUUACAUUAGUAGUGUCUUUUCCAUUCGCAUUCGGCAAACCAAACCUUUACAUAUUUACCCCUCUCUUAAAUACACAUGUGCCCCAUAUUCACUCAAAAAGUUAUGUAUUUUAAAAAUAUUGUUACUUUAUGGUAGUUAUAACAAUUAAGUAUAUGUUAAGAAUUUUACAUCGCUUCUACACAUUCAAGAGUGUAAUUCGAUAUGCAAUAUUUGAAUCAAUGACAUUUCGGUUGAUAACCGUGGUGGAAAAGUCCCAUGAUUUUUCAUAUUGAAGCUUCCUGUAUGUUUGUAAUUGAAAAAAAUUGCACAAAUUUGUUUAUUAUAACUGGUUAUGUUUCUUAUCUUUGUUCGAAGAGAUCACGGGUCAAAUCUCAUUACUGAUGUAUUUUUUUCUGUAAAUAAGAAAAUAAUGAAUGAUUGUGAAGACGAAUUUACAUUUCAUACUUUCACUCUGAAUGCAGGAAAUUAGAAAUGAACUUUCAAGUUUUCUCAUUUCACUUUUAUUUACUGUGUAGAUUAACAAUAUUCACACACAAAAUAUGGAAAUAUUACACACCAUCUGUCACCCUCACCUCGUGUAUUUAAAUAUUUUCGACGUAACUCUCACCUGUGACCUGCACAUAAUAGACACACACAGCUUCCCCGACCGAAACCUUUGCCCUGCACGAUGCCACAGAAAUUUUGACGGCAACAAGCACCAGUUCCGUUUCUUUUAACCCUGCCGACAGCCUUUACCCUCUCUCUUAUUUAUCCUCCUCCUCCUCCUCCUCCUCCCUACGGUCACCUGUAUAAUUAGAUAAUUACCCUCUUCAACACCUUCGCCAAUUUCCCAAGCCGACGUCGUAUAGUAUCCCCACAAAACACAAACAAUGGCGACCCUCGCAGAAUCCUCAGUCUUCUUCUUCCACCACCUACUGCUUGCGCUUGGUCUACCGGUCAUACUCUUCCUCCUCUCCCGCUUCCUCCUCCGCAACCGCAACCGCAGGCCGUCUCUCCGCCUCCCUCCAGGCCCAAAACCCUGGCCCAUCCUCGGCAACCUCCUCCACGUCGGAUCCAUGCCCCACGUAGCCUUCUCCCAACUCUCCCAAGCCCACGGCCCGCUCAUCUCCCUCCGCCUGGGGACCCAGCUCGUGGUCGUAGCCUCCUCGCCAGAAGCCGCCAGCGAGAUCCUCAAAACCCACGACCACGACCUCUCCGGCCGGAGCGUCCCCCACGUGUCCUUCGCUCGCGACCCGGAGCUGAACCGCGACUCCAUCGCGUGGGCGACCCACUGCACGGACCAGUGGCGCUCCCUCCGCUCGUUGGUUCGGGCCGAGCUGUUCACCUCCAAGGCUCUGGACCGGCACUCGGAGGCUCGGGAGAAGCAGGCUCGGGAGAUGGCUCAGUUUCUGGAGCGGAGGCAGGAGGAGGGGGAAGAGGUGAGGGUCCGUGACGUGGCGUUCGCAUUUAUGUUCAAUGGGUUGGCGAGCGCUUACGUGUCGAGGGAGCUGGUCCAGCUGGAAGGCGGCGGUGACGUGGAGCGGGUGAGCGGGAUCGUGAGGGAGAUGAUGGAGCUGUACGCGGCUCCGAAUGUAUCGGACCUUUAUCCGUCGUUGGGCGGGCUCGACAUCCUGGGUCUGAGGAAGCGUACGGAGGAGUGCGUGGCGAAGCUGAGGGAGGUGUGGGACCCGCUCAUCAUCUCGCGGCGGAGGGAAGUGAAAGCAAGUGAUCGUCGCGAUGAUAACGGCGGCGGCCGUGACUUCCUGGACGCGUUGCUCGACGUUGGGUUUUCCGACGAGGCGAUCAGUUACACCUUUGUGGAAAUGCUAGCGGCGGUAUCAGACUCAACAAGCGCGUCCACCGAAUGGGCGCUGGCAGAACUUCUCAAGAACCCUAAAACAAUCACCGCAGCUCGUCGGGAGCUCGACGGCAAGUUCCCCAAAGGCCACGUCAUCAAAGAAUCCGACCUCCCCGACCUUCCUUACCUAUGCGCGUGCGUGAAGGAGACCUUGCGCCUCCACCCACCGGCGCCGCUCCUGCUGCCACGCCGGGCGGCGAGGGACUGCCACGUCAUGGGCUACACCAUACCUGAGGGCGCCCAGGUGUUCGUCAACGUUUGGGCGAUCGGAAGGGACCCGCGGUACUGGGAGGACGCAUCGAGUUUCAAGCCGGAGAGGUUUAUCAUGGCCGGCGGUGGUGGUCGUGAGCAUGACGUGGAUUACAAGGGCAGCAACUUCGAGUUCCUGCCGUUUGGGAGCGGGAGGAGGAUGUGUUCCGGGAUGCCCAUGGCGAUAAGGAUGAUCCAGCUGGCGGUGGCUACUUUGGUCCACGGGUUUGAGUGGUUGCUGCCGGAGGGAGCGGCGGCGGCGGUGGAGGAAAUGGGGAUGGAGGAGAGGUACGGUGUCACGCUGUUGAAACUGGACCCACUAGUGCUCAUCCCAACUCCGAGGGUUUAAGUAAUGAUAAACAUAAACUUCCUAUGUAUUCUUAUUAAUUAAUAUGCUUCUGUACGUUGAAUGAUAAUUUGCAGCUAAACCUAUAUGUAAGACAUCUCAUAUGGUAGAUUGGUUAUAUCAUCAAUGCAUGAAUUAUGGAGUCUUUCCACGUUGAUGUUAGGAGGAGCAGAACAUGGAAGAUCAACCAUCAAAAAUAAUAAUGGAAGCAAGCUAUAACAAAUGGAUUGAAAGUUAAUAAAAGACAAAUUGGUUU